UGCACGACCAGUUCCGUCGGCUUGCGGCACCUCCAACAAGCAAAAAUCAACCAGCAACCGUCAUUGAUGAUCAGGAGCUACUAGUACAUCAACAAGAUAAUGCUGCCCUUUUCGCGGCUGAACACCUGUGGAUGGACUUUGGGGGGGCUUCUACUUCUCGUGUCCACUAGAUCUGUAUCUGGAAUUUUGCAAACUGGUUCCGUAGAUGUCAAAUUGCGUGAUGGUUCUUCAUACACCUUACUUUCGUCGCAAGCUUCCUUUGGGGUUUAUCCGGCCGAAGGUACCUGGAACAAUGAAGCACACCAAUUGAUGCUGGCUCCUUCCAAUAAUCAGCUUCUGUGUGAAAAUGUGACGACGAUCACAACUGAAGAGACAAAGUGGUCACAGUCAACUAUUCUGGUCAAACGGGGUGCUUGUUCCUUUGAAACCAAAGCAUGGAAUGCGCAGAAACUGGGUGCUCUCGGUAUGAUUGUCUAUGGCAAUUUGGGUGCCCGGUACUCUCUCAAUGCCACAAGUCAUAUCAAUCAAACGAACUACAAGUAUACUGAAGAGGAUAUUGUGUGGCCCAGGGAAUUCUAUGACUAUGAUUGCAAUAAAGGAUCCGCACUAGUGCCGGCCUCUGCCAUUCAAAUUGACCCGCCACCCUACGUGUCAGCCAACAAUGACCCCGUCUUGUCGGGUGACAGCAGUUCCAACCUUUGUAAGGCUAAUUCGGCCGAUGACCUGCAAAAUUGUGACUCGAAAGCAUGUCUUCUUACGGGCGAAAAGGAUGGAGACCAAAUGCGAGCUUGCUGCGCUUGGGAUUUACACGUUUGGUUGUACGAAGACCCUGCCUUUACGGCCGCCAAUGUUGCCAUUCCAGCUACCUACAUUUCUAUGCAAGAAGCAAGCAGGUUGCUUGCGGACUACCAAAAAGAUGACCAAGUGUUCGUGACAAUCUACUCGAGGCCACGUCCAAAAUACAACAUCUCCGCUAUACUCAUUUGGGCAUUGGGAGUUUUCGUCACGGGGCUGGCUGCAUUCAUGUCGGCGGAUGAAUACCAUCGCAUGAUACGCAAGAUUAUUCGCCGUCAAAAGCGAAGGUCAGAGGCGGCCCAAGGCAACAAUGACAAGUCGCAAACUCACUCGAGGAAUAACCAUGCUUCAGCGCCUCCUGUGAACGUCGAAGAAACUUUGGAGUUGACUGUCUGGCACGCAUUGGUUUUCGUAGUCAUGGCUUCGUCAGGGUUGCUGAUCCUGUUCUUUUUCAAAAUCUACCGCGUGGUCAAGGUAUUCUAUGCCAUUGGAUGCAGCAAAGCUGUCAGUCAGAUCAUAUUCUUUCCAAUCUGCUGGAGGAUCGGACGACGGAUGAAUUUUCGAGAUAGAAUUGUCUGGCGAACAGGCACAGAAGACUUUGGUGAUAUUACCAUACUCGACAUCGUUUCGCAUGUGUGUGGAUUUACUCUGGGAUUUGUGUGGCUUGUGAUGUGCUUCACGAUCCGUCACCCCGAGGACAUUACAUUUUUUUGGGUUGUACAGGACAUUUUCGGGGCUGCCAUGUGCAUCUCUUUCCUCGCAGUGAUCAAGCUCAACAGUCUCAAGGUCGCGGCAUCUCUCCUGAUCAUGGCCUUUUUCUACGAUAUCUUCAUGGUCUUCAUCUCACCUCUCUUCUUUGGAAAGUCUGUCAUGAUUACCGUGGCUACAUCCGGCGGACCACCAACUGCAGAUCCGGCCUGGUGCGAAAAGUACCCAGAUGACCCUAACUGUCAGGGAGGAGAACCGCUCCCAAUGCUGUUCCAGAUUCCUCGUAUUGGUGAUUACCAGGGUGGAAGUAGCCUAUUGGGGCUCGGAGAUAUUGUGUUGCCCGGCCUCGUGGUUAGUCUUGCUGCUCGUUUAGAUGCAGCGAAGUCGCUGCUGGGUCUCUUGGGAGGAGGAAACAGCGCCGUCAACUCGUAUGGCUGCCCGGAGCAGAGACAUGGUGGCAGCGGCUGUAGUAUGUGCAGCGGAGGCUACUUUGCCCCCCAAGUUGUCGCCUAUGCAGUUGGCCUCUUGAUGGCCAACAUGGCCGUCUACUUGAUGAAUAUGGGCCAGCCCGCACUACUGUAUUUAGUACCAUGCUGUCUGGGAACGUUUACUUUCAUGGCUUGGAGAAGAAAUGAACUUGGAUCGUUGUGGGAAGGACCAAAAGCAAUUCGGACUGUGGAUGCCAUGCUGUAUGGCGAGGAACCAACGGAUAGUGCAAACAACGUCCAUGCACCAUUGCCCACCGUGGAGGGAGAAGAAGCCUUGACUGUUCCGUCCGCAAGUGACCAGGACUGUGAUGGUGAUGUGCCACUGCAAGAACCUCAUCGGAACGUCGUCUGACGCCCCCAUGUUCGACAGAAGGCUACUAAAACAUAGCAUUGAUAGAUGAAUCCAUGCAGUAUUACCUAACCCCUUUUCAAGACAUUUUGGGCCUCAGAAUGACCACCUAGCUUGCAACUUCCUGCAAUGACGUCCGAGUUCUGCUCGCUAGCUA